ACCCGCAUCUGCUGCUCUGAUCAUCAUCAUCUUCAUCAUUAGUAACACGCAUAGCCUACACACGCAACGGUGUGUAACAGCUGUUUGUGCAUUUCACUCGGAAACACGUUUACGGCAAUUAUUUGAUAGACACAUAUGACUUUGUAUACACUCGCACGCGUUUAAUUGGACAUUUAAACUCACGCUUCCGCACCAGAGCGCUGCGCGUCACACGCCUGCGGGGAAAAAAACCCACUACAUGAUGAACAUAUGUUUGAACAUCAGACCCAUGUGAUCUGAAUUGCGGAUCCGAUACCGGAGAUUCGGUUUAGGGUAAAGACAACCCGACACCGCCCGCGCGUUUAAUGCGCGUUUUUGUGUUUUGCGCUUCUUUUUCUCAUCGCUAGUAAUUAUUAGGCGACGUGACGCUGAUCGCCAGCUGCUGGAGAUAUCAAACUUCACCGACUCCGUUAUCUGCAACUCUCACAAACAUCAGCGGAACUCAGAUCAAUCACUGCGCACUGAAUUCGGUUUCUCUCGGGUCCGGUUGUUGUUUUCUGCACCGGGAGUAAAUGAUGUCCGGGGAAGAGGUUCUGAUACCGGAUGACCGAGCGUUCAGCAGGUUUAAACAUGAAUGUCAGUCAGAUGAAGGCUGGAGUCUCACCUACAACAAGAACAACAUUACCGUUUGGAUCCAAGUGUUGGAGGAAGAGAAGAGUUUACACAAGAUAAAGUGUCGGAUGCUUUGUAAGGACAUUCCAGCUGAAACUAUGUAUGACGUCCUUCACGACAUCGAGUAUCGCCGGAAAUGGGACGCCAAUGUCAUUGAGACAUUUGACAUCGGCAAACUGACUGUUAAUGCGGAUGUGGGCUAUUACUCCUGGAAGUGUCCUAAACCGCUAAAGAAUCGUGAUGUCAUCACACUGCGCUCAUGGCUGCCAAUGGGGAAUGACUACAUCAUCAUGAACUACUCUGUCAAACACGCUAAAUAUCCUCCAAAGAAAGAUCUGGUGCGAGCUGUUUCUAUCCAGACCGGAUACCUAAUCCAGCGGACCGGACCGACAAGCUGCGUAUUAGUUUACUUGGCACAGGUUGAUCCGAGAGGUUCUCUUCCUAAGUGGGUUGUUAACAAGUCUUCCCAGUUACUGGCACCCAAAGCGAUGAAGCGGAUCAGUAAAGCUUGUCUUCGGUACCCUGAGUGGAAACAGAAGCACAGUCCAGGAUUUAAGCCGUGGUUGUAUCCGGAGCAGAAUCCUCUGUCCAGCAUCCCUCUGCGUGAGCUCUCCAUACAACACGCUGAAUCCCUGGAGAACAUCGACGAGAGCUCGCUCAGUGAGAGUAAAGAUGAGCGAGCUGAACACAGUGAUGAAGAGGGACAUAACUGACACGCACACACACGAUACACAUGUCAUCAACUCUGUGCUCAGAUCAGCACAUUUAAUCAUGUGUCUUUAAUUCUCUUAUGCAGACAAUAAUAAAUUGAUAAUGAAGGAUAUGUUUCUUGCUUGAGGCCUGAUCUUAUGUAGCAUGCAGUUUGUCUCCAGACACACAGAGGGCCACACUGGAAUCAGUUGAUCUGUUGUGUGACACUAGGGUUUAAUGAAUGAAUAAAAGAAAAUGAAAUGUG